AUGGAGCAUUCGGACCAGACCUUCAACCCAGCGAGUCUGUUCUAUCUACACCCGGGAGAAAACCCAGGUUUGACACUGAUUACUCAAGUUCUUAACGAAAACAACUAUUCCUCAUGGAGCAGAGCCAUGAGAAGGGCUUUAGUUUCAAAAAACAAAGUUAAAUUCAUUGACGGGUCAAUUAAAAGACCUCAGAAAAAUGACGAUACGUACGAAGCGUGGGAAAGAUGUAACGUGAUGAUCCUGUCAUGGAUGACAAAGACCCUAUCUCCUCAUAUUGCUGAAAGCGUCAUCUACGUCGAAGAAGCGAAAGAAUUGUGGGACGAGCUUAAGGAGAGGUUUUCAAAAGGAGAUUACUUCAAAAUCUCAGAUUUAUUGCAAGACAUACACUCAAUUAAGCAAGGAGAGCGUGGAGUCAGCCAGUUCUUCACUAACCUCAAGAUUUUGUGGGAAGAAUUGGAGUCUUUGAGACCAAUACCAGUCUGCACUUGUGAAAAUCCAUGUUGCUGUGACUUGUCUAAAGUUUCGUUGAAAUAUAGAGAAAUGGAGCAUGUGAUUUGCUUCUUGAAGGGUUUAAAUGAUUCUUAUAACACUGUUAAAACACAAAUUCUUUUAAUGGAUCCCUUACCAAAUGUUAAUCGUGUUUUCUCUUUGAUUAUCCAACAAGAAAGGCAGGAAAAACAUAAUACAGAAACCAAAAUUCUGGUUAACAUGGUUGAAAGAAGUAAUCAGUGGAAGCCUGAUCAAAGUUGGAGAAAUCAUGGACGUGGUACUGGAAUGCGUGGACAAGGCAAAGGAAGGGGAAGAAACCCAAAUUAUGGAAAGCAAUGCUCUUAUUGCAAUAAGAUGAAUCACACGGUUGAUGAGUGCUAUUCUAAGCACGGAUAUCCUCCAUGGUAUAAGAAGGAAGAUAAAAAGAGUGACUGGAACACUGUCAAUGCUUUUCAAAACAACAAUGACACUAAAAGCACUCUCAAGACUCAACAUCAGACUAACAACAGCUCUAAUCCCAAUCUCUUCACGCCAGAACAAAUGCAAAAACUUUAA